UCUGCCAGCUUGUUCGUCUUUGGUUUCUACGACUGAGUGGAUUCUCUCUUCUUCCGCCGACCAGCUCAGCUGUCAUUACAGGAUCACGUUCAUAUCUGGGAUAGCUUGAGCAAUACCAGAAUUCGUAGCUACCGUGGCUUUUGGGGCAGAUCGUUAGCUGUUGAAAAAGUGGCUGGAGGCUCGCUAAGAUGGUCAGGGCUGGCGGUGUUUUAAAGUUAGCAGCGCUCAUCUUUGCGUUCCUCUUGGCCGUCUUUCUGGCUUUUCAACUGCUAGAGAUCAACAUGGAUUUUAAACUGAGCAGUGUGUUGUCAAGAUCUAUGCCAGUUAAUGAAGGAUCAGUAAAGCCAGUCAAGUACAAGUGUGGGCUGUCCAAGUCAUGUCCACCUGGACACUUCGCCUUCAAGAUAGCGAGUGGGGCAGCCAGUGUGGUGGGGCCCAGAAUGUGUCUGGAGGACAAAUUACUAAUGAGCGGUGUUAAGAACAAUGUGGGGAGAGGAAUCAACAUUGCCCUGGUUAAUGGGAAAACAGGGGACGUUAUCAAGACAAACUUUUUUGAUAUGUGGGCAGGAGAUGUGGCUCCUUUCAUUAAAUUCCUGAAGGAAAUUGAGGAAGGGACAGUUGUGAUGAUGGCUUCAUUCGAUGAUUCCUCAACAAAACUCAAUGAUGAAGCCAGGAAGCUAAUUGCUGAUCUGGGCAGCUCAGCUAUUAAUAGUUUGGGCUUCCGGGAUAACUGGAUCUUUGUAGGAGGGAAAGGCAUCAAGACCAAGAGUCCAUUUGAGCAGCAUGUAAAGAACAGUGCAGACACCAACAAAUUUGAGGGCUGGCCCGAGGUGUUGGAGAUGGAAGGCUGCGUGCCUCAGAGGCAGGACUGAUCCGAGCUCCUGCUGUAAUCGUCGACCACCCCUUUCUAGUCCCGCAUGUCCACCUGGCCAUCCUGAAAUUCCUGAGAAUUAGAAUCAUAAUUUUAUGCUUCUUUUGGCUGAGAGAUCAUUUUACAACUCUCAUCCCCAAACCUUUUAUUAAAUUUUACCUACCACAACAAAGCACCAUCUUGCCAGAAGAUAUUAGUAGGAAUGAGGAACUGGCAUGAACUUUCAGUCAGCCAGAAACUGAAGCUCGGACCUUCUCGCACUCUUCUGUCUGAUUGGAUACUGUAACAUAGAUUCUUAUUUGGGGUUGUAAAUGAAAUUGGUAGGUAGAGUGCACUGGACAUACCUUUGAUCAUUGGCAUACUGUCACAGCUGUAAGGCCCACACGCUUAGUUGUGUUGCGUUAUUGCACUGUUGUGGAUGGAAAAGGAUUUCAUUGCCCAGAAGUGGCUAAAUUGCUAUUACCUGUUCCCUGCCUUAAUAUCAUUAACCUAUUCAUGUUUUAGUUUUUUUUUACUUUUCAUAUGACUUUGUGGUUCCUUUGUUUCUUUCAGAGUUGUUUAUUUUGAGAAACUUAAUUUUAACAGGGCUUUGAAAAGGCUUCUUUCCAUGAUAUUAUAACCAAAUGUACCAAAUUCACUGUGAAAUUUGUAAAUAUUACUUUCAAGUAGGGUUCAGAUCUGAGAAAAUUCUAAUUUAAUAAACAUUGUAAUAAUAUAAUUUCCAGAAAUAAAUGAUAUUGUUAGUAAUAUGUGUGUUUUGUUAAAUCUAGUGAUAAGUAUUUCUUUGUACUAAUGUGUACUACUUUUUAUGGCUCCAUAGAGUAUAGGAGAACUCAUGCUCUGAACAGUUAACAACUGUGGAUCAACUGAACGCCGUUGCGUCCACUGAACAUUCGGUACCAAUAUCAACCUUCAUGUUAAUCAUACCAUGCUGUUGUUUUCAUUUUACAAGCACUUCAAAGAAGCUAUAGGCUGUUAGUGUCUUAACCACAAGUAGGCGUAGUUGUGGUUGACACUGUACUGUGUUAACCUAUCAUCAUGUUAUUUUGACAUACUUGUGUUAAUAUUAUUUUGAGUUUACAGUUUGUAUGGAAUUCAUUUAAAAGCAGCCCUUUCUGUAAGGUAAAGUUUGUGGCUCCAGUGCAGUCACGUUGAAGGUGUUGCAGUUCCUGUUAUUAACAUGUUUUGCUAACACCUUUUACAGGUGGUGGACAACAGUAAUUGAGCCCAAUGCAACACUACAACUUCCAAAAAUAACAUAUAGUUGAGUAAGUGUCUCUGUGAUGCAGUCUGAAAAACUGAAGAUACAAGGCUUUACAAAUGUGUUGUUGUCUGUAUUUGUAUCACAGAAAACCCAGUAAUUGGUCUCAAAAAGACAGGAGGACAAGGGCCAUUCUGAAAACACAAUUUUAUUCUGUUGAGAGUGAAUGUCGUAGAUCCUCCUGUUGUAGCUCACUGUAGUACCUUCAUUGGAGUCUGGCCGUUUGCUUUCCUACACUGAACCCCUCCAACAAGCCUGGAAGUGCAAUACACUGAACCCUGCCUUUGUGGAUUUGGUUCUGAAAAGAACAAAAAUGUGUGAUAUUCCUCGUGUGCUACAUUACGUUUAAGUUCUGGAUAUUCUGCACAAGUGUUUUUUUCUUUUCUUGAACAAACAGAGACUUUCAAGUUGCAGAAUACCACACAAUACAUGUGUAGCCGAUAAAUCUGCAGCAACUGUGGAAUGUUAUCAUGUCAAUAUAGACUAAAGUCUCUGAGGAAUGUUUCCAAUACCUUGUUGAAAGUAUGCCAUAAAGAAUUAAAAAGGGGUCUAACACGGUGCUAGCAAGGUGUACCUAAUUAAGCGGCCAGUGAGUGUAUCUGCUGUUUAAGAACUGCUGUCUUUAAGUUGACAGGCAGAGUGCGCCAUUGCCUCAUUUAAUUCAGGAUGUGUGUCUUGUGGUUUGCAGUAUACCCAGUAUUUGUUGUGUUUGAAGUUGUGCUUUGGUAAUACAUUAAAUUAAAUAUUUGUCAA